GACCUGUCCCCGUUGGGGAACGCGCCGCACCCGCAGCUGGAGAUCCCUCCCAGUCCCGGCCCCGGCUCACGAGCCCGCCGCCCCGCCCGCCGAAUCCGCCGCCCUCUCCUCGCCAGGGACGCGCCGGAGAAGGACCGGACAGGCCUCCUCCCUCUCCGCCUCCCCUCCCGCCCUCUCUCCACCGCGCAGGCGAUCCGCCCCGGCCGCCGAUCUCCUCGCUGGAAUGGCGAAUUUUACCAAAAACUUCCAGUCUUCAAGCAAAUCUGACAGUGAAAAGAAAUACCAGGGUACCCUGGUUGCUUCUCCAGCAAAGGCUAUUUCACCAAAGACGAUAAAGCAUAUCGUGCCAAAACAAUUGAUCUUAAGCAGGGAGUCAACAGCUCAUGUGGCAUCCUUUUUGGUGAAGGUUAUUGCUCUUGAGGUAGUGAGGAGGAUUUCUAAAGCAAAAUGCCCUUUUGUAUGGAAUUCUAUUCAAGCACUGCAAGUUCUUGGAUAUCCUCCAUUUAGGUGGAUUCAACGAUGGGCACCACUCAAAUUUGUCGUGCAAGGCAUUCAGAAAUUAUCCACACCACUGUUGUUUCUAUCUGUCACAUCUACACUGGGUGAUCUUUCUUCUAAGAGCGAUGAAGCCGAUGACGGACCCAGUAUCCCUACAGGAGCCCCUGACCUUCCUGCUGAACCACAUGAGACAGCGUCGACUUCUGAUACAAGGGAGGCUGCUGAUGGGGAUGGCACAAAGGAUAUUAUUGUUUCUGAGAAUUGGCUGGUGCUACUUUUCAAGGAACUUGAAAAACAAGGAAUCACUUUGCCUGAGAGGUUCAGUGAGGAUGAACUACGCAGAUUCCACAUGGCAGCAAAUGGUGACUUUUCAAGCUUGGUCUCUUCAAUUAAGAAGACAAUCCACUGGAGGGAAACUUUUCACAUACUUACAUUGCAAGAACUUGAGAAAUGGUCCCAUUUGGUCUUUUGGCAUGGGUUUGACACUACGCUUCGUCCUUGCUUAGUAAUCCGCCUUGGACUCGCGUGCUCUACUAUAGCCCCUCGUGAUAGACCUCGUUUUGGGCAAGCCGUAGUUUCUCAGAUUGACCAUGGUAUUAUACAUUUGACCAACGAAGAAGAUCCAAGAAUUACUGUUUUGCUGGAUUGCCAUGGGAUUUCUCCAUUCAGAUUUCCGAUGCAAAUGAUGAGGUCAUUUGUCAACUUGGUUCAAGAAAACUACCCAAAUCGUCUUGGAGUAUUAAUUGUUGUCCGUCUUCCUCCAGUUGUCAGAGUUAUUGCGCAUACUUUUAUUCAACUCCUGAAACCAUCCACAAAGCAGAAGCUGCGUUUCGAGGGGGAAUCGUACAAGAAGACGUUAGCCGAGUUCUUACAGAUCGUCCCAGCUUUCCUCGGCGGCAAAUGCAACUGCUCUCGAUGCAAGAAGCCUCGAGACAGUUCACUAAUCCAGGCAGGGGAGGGGAGCAGGAGCAGGAGCCUUAUCAGCGCCGGCUCCAGAUCACCAGUCUCGGACCUGGACUUCGACGAGGAACUGGAGGAGCUUCCAUCCCCUUACAACUGCGAGAACGCGAUAAGGGCCGCGGUGAUCGGCCUGCUGAUGGUGUGGAUCUUUGUCGCCUUUCUCGCUGGGAUGAAUGACCCCCAGCAGCCCAUUUCUUAGCCUCCUGAACCCCCUGUCUCCUGACAGCUCAUAGAACUGUCUGCCCGUGUCACUAGUGUAGCGUUACUGUAUGUUGUUUGUUCCUCUUUGAGGUUGACUGUAUGUUGUUUCUCGCACCAGUCCGUGUUCCGAGUUUCCUCUGCAAGCCGGUCGUAUAGUGUCGUGAUUCCCCGUCCGCUAAGAUUUAUAUAGUAAGUAGAUAUGAAUAAAGUUGUGCAUGUAUUCAGCAUGGUUCACUCCA